CAAAGAAAAUGUUCAAUUUUCUGUUGAACUUCUGAGCGACACUUUAUCUUCAACAACCCCUCUUCCUUUCUCUCUUUCUCUCUCUCUCCUCUUCUCUCUCUCUCUGCAAAGUCUUUUACCUCUUACAGAGACGGAGACACACAGAAAGGGAAGGAAGCCAUGGAAAGGCUUCUCUCCUCUUCAUCUCCAACCCCUUCUUUGAAGUUCCAUCUCAAGCCUUCGCCUUUCCUUCCUCGACUCGCCCGCUUCGACUCAGCCAAGCUCAAUUUUCUGCCCUCCCUUCGCCCCGAGUUCAGGCGGGUCAACUCGCUCUCCUGCAAAUAUGAGAACUCAUCUCAGCCUUCUUCUUCUUCUUUUCGGAGUUCUUUUUCGUCGUCAUUACCAACGCCGUCGAACUCUUCGCCGACUCUGUAUUCUUCCUCGGCUGCGUCUUCGUAUGGAUCGGCGCAAGAACCCCAGUCUCCCAAACAGAUCUCAAUUGGGGCUUCUGCGAAAAGCAAGGCCAUUACUGCUGGGAGAUACAUUAUGCUUUCCGCUCUCGCUAUGAUCUUACUCCAACCAAUCUUUGCACCGGCAGCUUUUGCAAGUUUUCAAACCACAGCGAAGACAGGUGCCCCUGCUGCUGCAGCGGCCGUUGGGGGAAGACUGCUCCGUACUGAACUACUAAGUAGCGCAUGGACUGGUUUCUUUGCUGGUUGUUUACACACAUUAUCAGGGCCUGACCAUCUUGCUGCUUUGGCUCCGCUCUCAAUUGGACGUUCCCGCAUGGAAAGUGCAGCUGUUGGAGCCCUUUGGGGAUGUGGACACGAUGCUGGUCAGGUUAUAUUCGGCUUAGUAUUUCUUCUACUGAAGGAUCGGCUUCACAUUGAAGUUAUCCGAACUUGGGGUACUAGAGUAGUUGGCCUUACACUUCUUGUUAUUGGUGCUAUGGGCAUUAGGGAAGCUUCAGAAAUCCCCACCCCGUGUGUUGCCUUGGAGAGCGGUGAGUGUGAUGUUAGCGUUUAUGAAACACUUGAGACCCCCACACUUGGGAAGAAGAAGAAGAUUGGUUUUGCUACUUUUGCCACCGGAAUCGUUCAUGGGCUUCAACCUGAUGCACUGAUGAUAAUCUUGCCUGCUCUUGCUUUACCUUCUCGCUGGGCUGGUGCUGCAUUUCUUUUUAUGUUUCUAGUUGGGACUGUAAUUGCAAUGGGAAGCUACACGGUAUUCAUAGGCUCAUGUAGUGAAGCAUUAAAGGAUAGGGUGCCUAGAAUUACCGAGAAACUGACUUGGGCGUCUUCCCUUGUGGCAAUUGCCCUCGGAUCCGCCAUCAUCAUCAGCCAGUUCCUUGGGUAUAGCUUGUAUUGAUUUUUCUGACUUUGUUUCAAGAUUCAUAUUUUGCAAAAGCUUCUACGGGAGAGUUAGAAAAAGUGUCUUAAAAGAGGACAUUUCAAAUUGUUUACAGCAAAAACUUCAUCAGAUGAACAUGUUUUCUCUGUGAGAGAAAUUCACGUUUGCUAUCUUGUCUUGCCUUUAAGAGCGUACUAGUUGUAAUAUAUAGAGAAAACCUUCUGCAUCUGUAAUUCUUUUAUGGUUGAGACCGGAUUGGCUUAUCGCUUUUGCUUUA